AUGAGAGAGAUAGACAUAGAAAGAUGGAGAGAGUCCCACAACUGCCUGUCCCCGCUGCUGGACAAAACUGCCACCGCCAAUAAUGCUUGGGACCUUAGGCCUAAGGUAGCAGCAUUUAAGACCAUAUACUUUGAUCACUGCUCAGCUUUGAUGGAGAGGCUCCAAGGACCCCUCAAUUCCUGUUUCUUUGGAGACCCCUUGGGAGUGAAUUGUUUGGACCAAGUUCUGGUUGAUGAAGAAAGCCUGAGACUGGAGGAGGAGGAGCAGCUUCUGAUAUCAAGUUUAGAGGACAAGAUGCCAUUCCUUCAAAUGCUUCAGAGUGUGGAAUCACCACAGUUUUUCCCUUUGAAAGAGCCAAACUUUCAAACACUUCUGAGGCUGCAGCACAUGAAGAAACCAUGGGAGGAAAUGACCUAUAUUCCAAGAAUGGAAGCACAAGUCCAAGCAGCAUUGGAGCUAGAGAGUUGUGUGACACACGACAUGUUGGAGAUGCAGUCACCAGUGAAGUCAGAAAGCAAUGACCUCCAACACCCACUUUCAAUUUCGUGUUUUGAGAAAGUGAGCUAUGAGUGCAACCAGGAACCACACAAAGCAUCACAAUCAUGCCCUAAAUCUCAGCCAGCAGCCACAAGGGAAAGGAGAAAGAGAAAGAGAACAAGGCCAAGCAAGAACAAGGAAGAUGUGGAGAACCAACGUAUGACCCACAUUGCUGUUGAACGCAACCGGCGACGGCAAAUGAAUGACCAUCUCAGUGUUCUAAGGUCCCUCAUGCCUCCUUCCUAUAUUCAAAGGGGUGACCAAGCCUCAAUAAUUGGGGGUGCAAUAGAUUUUGUGAAGGAGUUGGAGCAGUUGCUUCAGUCCCUUGAGGCACAAAAAAGGAUGAGAAAGAAUGAAGAGGAUGGUGGUUCUUCUUCCACUAUGUUGUGUAAGCCCCCACCACCAUCAUCAUCUUCAUCACCACAUGGCUACGGAAUGAGGUCAUCAACCAGUGAGGAAAUGAACUGUGGGGAUGAAGUAAAGGCAGAAAACAAGUCAGAGGAAGCAGACAUAAAAGUGACCUUGAUUCAAACCCAUGUGAACUUGAAAAUUGAGUGCCAAAGGAGGCCAGGGCAAUUGAUAAAGGUCAUCGUUGCUUUGGAGGACCUUAGGCUAACCAUUCUGCACCUCAACAUCACGUCCUCAGAGACGUCUGUCCUUUACUCCCUCAAUCUCAAGAUUGAAGAAGGCUGUAAGCUAUGUUCAGCAAGUGACAUUGCAGAAGCAGUUCAUCAUAUAUUCAACUUCAUUAAUGGCAGCUAA